AUGGUACCUGGACGAUUCGUUGCAGGCGGCAGGAGCGCGACUAGCUGGGCGACCUCCAGGCUUGUCUCGAGGAGGACUAAUGUCCGUAGAACUGAGAAUGUUCAGCGACGCAGCCUGCAUCUUGCACCACCCUUCCUUCUUGACGAUUACAUCCCUCGAUAUCAGCUCCUGUCCGUCCAGGAAGAGGCCAAGAAGCGCUCGGCUGCCUAUGCACAUUUGAGCAAUUGCAAUCUCUGCCCUAGGCUCUGCUCAGUCAAUCGCUUCAAGGAGACUGGCCACUGCCUCAUCGGCUCGAAUGUCCUAGUAAAUGUGGUAGCACCUCAUUUUGGGGAAGAGCCCUGUCUACAAGGUCAUUAUGGCUCCGGCUCGGUCUUCUUCUCCGGUUGCAAUUUGCGCUGCGUCUUCUGCCAAAACCAUGAUAUCGCACACCAGCGCAACGGCAUGGAUCUGACGCCUGAAGAGUUGGCAGGCUGGAUGAUGAAAUUACAGCAGGUGGGAAACGUGCAUAACAUCAACUUUGUCACGCCUGAACAUGUGGUUCCACAGGUCGCGUUGGCGAUUCUAGCUGCGAAAGAGAUGGGGUUGAAGGUACCCAUUGUCUACAACACAAGUGCAUUUGACAGCGUCGAGAGUUUGAAGCUGAUGGAAGGUCUAGUGGACAUCUACCUCCCUGACUUCAAGGUCUGGAAAGACAGUACGAGUAAGCGACUGCUAAAGGCCGACAACUAUGCCGAGCAUGCACGGGAGAGUAUUCAAGAGAUGUACAGACAGGUAGGAGAUUUAUGCUUUACUGGUGAUGGCAUUGCGAAGAAGGGCGUCCUCGUCAGACAUUUAGUGAUGCCUGGAAAAGAGGAAGAAGGCAUCGAGAUUGUACGGUGGUUGGCUGGUAGUGUGAGCAGAGAUACCUUUGUGCAUAUCAUGGAGCAAUAUCAUCCAAGAGCACAUGUCGGGAAGACGAAACGUGGUGUUAGCGGUGAGAAGAGGUAUGCUGAUAUCAAUAGACCAGUUACCGAUGACGAGAUGGGAGCUGUCACAAAAGCUGCCAGAGAUGCAGGCCUAUGGAGGCUUCAGGAGGCUGCCAGGCAUGACGGCUUCAAUAUUUGA